GCUGCUUGUGAUCUGCAAGGUGGUCCUGGGUUAGAUGCGGUGUCUGACUUGCACACCACUCUCCCAAUUCUAUUCUUCUUUUUACUACUUUUCUACUUUCAAUACACUUGCUGCUGCUGUUGACCGCUGGUUGUGCAAUGUGGUUUUUAUUCGCGUAUGUUCUGUGGACUUUGCAUUUGUAUUUUAAUGAACAUGUUUACUGCCUGUUAGACCUCGGAUUGGCAAACCUAAACUCCUUCACUGGCAAAAUGUAGAUGCAAAUUAAAUGCCAAAAUUAACAUUUCAAUAUUCGUUUUGCGUAUUUCACCAAUAGCUUCGGAACUAGACGGACCUCGUAUAUAAUUUGCUCUUCAAAGAUGCGGUCAGGCGCCCCUCCGUUAUGUAACGUUUUCUGCCCGGUACGAAAUAGACCGACCAAUAGCAACCCUUUAGGCUAUCUAAUGUGAGGUUGGAUAUACGCAACAUGUAGAGGUGUUUCAACAACAAAGAUGGAAGUUAGUGAACUAAAGACUGUAUAUGCUCACUAAAAGAACGAACGACUACUACUCAAAGAUUUUGAGGAAUAUAUAUUUCUGCAUCACCCGUUCCAAUGCUAUGAUUAGUCGAGGCCGUAUCCAAUAGCAUAGCAUCGACCCAUUUUAGAUCGCGCCCUUUAGACACGCCCCUUGGAAAUUGAACAACGCACUUCGACGCAGAGGAUCCAGAAGGAUUUCACAACGAGUCCAUUGAAAGAUAUCGAGGAACAUGAACAUCACCAAUGAAGGAGAGUAACGUUUCCACUUGCUAUAGGAAUUUAGUGAAGCACUAAAUAGUUAAUAAUAAUAAUGAUAAAAUGUGGUCAGCAUUUAUUUACUUUUUGGGUAAGACUUGCUUUACUAAUAUAACCGCGUUAAAACCGCAUUCAUUUACUUUUCUUGUGUAGUUUCCCACUAUUCAUGAAAUGUUUUAUAGAAGUAAAAAAGUAAUCAAUAGAACUAUACACAUUUGUACAACAAUUAAUCAUUAUACAGGAUUUGAACAUUUUCUAUUCGAGCUCAUGCUUCAUAAUAUUUCCAAGGAUUGCAGAGUACCAAAUGAUUUAUGAACAGUUGUUUUUGUUCAGGAGCGGAUUGUACUCCCAGAGGCUUCAACAGAGCGGGUCUGGAGCUGGGAGCUGCAGGUGGAUGUUGGCCAGGAGCCGUUCAGUCCUACAGGAACAGACGGUAGAGGUGAUGGAGGCGGUCGUCUGGAGGUGCUCGUCUGGAGGUCCGUGGCGGUCGUCUGGAGGUGCUCGACGUGAGGUCCAUGGCGGUCGUCUGGAGGCGCUCGCUGCAGGUGGAGGGAAGGCCGGGAGCCGUGCAGCCCAACGGAUGCAGAACGAAGGACUGAGGCGGAGGUCCUGGAGGCAGAGGCCAGGGAGGCAGAGGCCAGCCUGGAGGCGGCGGUGGCCUGGAGGUCCUGGAGGCGUCCAACCUGGAAGGGGCGGCAUGGAGGGCCAGGUGGCGGCUCCUCAUCCAAAGGGCCUGGAGGUGGCCAACCUGGAAGGCCUGGAGACGGCCAAGGUCCUGGAGGCAACGGCGGUCCUGGAGGCAACGGCGGGCCUGGAGGUGGAGGCCAACCUGGAGGUCCUGGAGUCGGUGGGCCUGGAGGCGGCGUCCUGGAGGGCCCGGCGGCGGCGUCCUGGAGGGCCCGGAGGCGGCGUCCUGGAGGGCCCGGAGGCGGCGGCGUCCUGGAGGGCCCGGAGGCGGCGGCGGCGGCGUCCUGGAGGGCCCGGAGGCGGCGGCGGACAAAAUCAAGUCUGCCACCUGGUGGCUGAUGAGGGCAUAGUAACUCGGGUUCAAUUAAGUUGACCUCUCCUUCAGGCAACUUAAAGGGAGACCAGAUGUGCGGCAGCUGGGUGUCAUGGUGCAGAGACCCAAACGCUGUACUGAACUACACCAGUGUGUCCUACUCCCAUAAACCCUGAGGAUCCCUGG